AUGACAACGACAAUGUCUAGAAUUUGUUGUGAUUGGUCCAAGCUUUGUCAUGAUGUUUUGCGAUCGAUCCUCGAACGUUUAAGCACUAAAGAUCUUCAUCGAGCGAGAUCCGUCUGCUCAAACUGGUAUUCCGUUGUUGAUAUCAAGAAAAAACCCGUCGCUACUGAUACAUUCGUCUUCUGGGACAUGGUGGAUUUCCCCCUCGAUGAGGACAAGAUUGAUUCGUUUUAUAAAAAUGUUAAAUCAUGUCUCCGGAAACAGGGUUAUAUCGGUCGUGUGAAAGUCACAGCUUUUGGUCAUCGAGUACAUUCUUCUCGAAUGAUGUUGGAGUCUGUACAUAGCGACAUCAUGUUACUACGACUAAGUAGUAGAUUUGCGAGACUUAAUUACAUGUUAAUGAGGAUGAUUGACAAUGCAGCCUUUUGCCCUCAAUCAAAUUUCAUGUUAAUUAUAAGAGGCAUGGCAGAGGAAGACGUACAGGUUGUGCCCAUUAUUAAAGAGAUUAAAAAAAGAGGUUGCAAUGUUCUCUUAGGAGUGAGUGACUAUGAUGACUACUUCGACUACCCAUUAGAGGUACAAUCUAGUUGCACCCUAUGGUUAUGGGAAAACCUAUUAAAAGGACAUGGCCCUGUGCCCUUUGUCUCAGACGAUGAAGAUGAGGAUGAUACUAGUGACGACGAGGGAAGCUCACCUAAACGUCCCAAUCUAAAUAUAAAUUGA